GGCGGAAGCUGAGCUGACCCAUUGCGACGGGGGGCGGGAAAGUAGGAGUGACAGACAGCUUGAGCCUCCACUGAGAGCCGAGAGCUGGGAUUGACAGUCGCGUCAAGUGGACGCAGAGGGACGUUACCCCGACCUUUGACCCUGGAGGCGAGGGCGGGAAAAGUCGACUGCUGUAAAUGCCGGAGCUCUGAUUGUAACAAGCGUCUCGUCGGCCACCGUAGCAAUCGCGGCCUUAAACCGCACGGCGAUCCGGAGGAGGGGUUGGGAAAGGAGCUGGCUCGGCCUGCGGUUGGUUGAGCUCAGGCUCCGCCCACUUACUCGUGGAGCCCCUCAGGAAGGUGCGGGGGGGAGGGGGAGGGAGAAAGAGAAGGCGCGCGCGCGUGGCCGAGCCUCGCUUCAGCGGACCAUGGCGCCCAGCGGCGAUGUAAUGGGGGCGGCCGAAGACCUGGCCGAUCAGGUGAGUUCCUCCCCUCCCUUCCUCGGAUGGAAUUCCGCGGCCGGCCGAAUGAGCCGCGUGCUGGGGGCCGUACCAUCUUUCCCUGAGAGGAGGGGAGGGCGAGCUGGAGGAAGGUACCAUUUCCCUCGCUUCUUGAUUCCCUUCCCGUUCGCUGCCUUUCGCGGGCGGGGAGAUGGCGGCGGUGAAGAGGAGAAGCGUCCUCUGUGGAAGGCCCGCUCUGCUGGCGAGGGGCGCGGAGGGCAGAGGCCGGGUCCUGCGGAGGCCAGGGCAGAGCGGCGGCGCUUCAGCCCGAGGGAGGGGCGUCCUCCUGAGAGAAGGAGGCCGGCAGCCCUGUGAGCCGCUUGCCUCCUUUUUCGGGAGGAACUUUUCUCCUCAGGCACGGCCGCUUUCGCUUCUCCUCGCUGGUCCGGCCCUGCCGCGAGGCAGCUGCCUCAGACGGCAAAUUCCGAGGGGUGGAAAGCGGCUGGAAAGCGUGCCUAGGGGCCUGCCCUGCAGCCCCUUAGUUAGCUUGCUGCCCUUGCAUGGCCCACGCACGAGUGAGGUGAUCUGGGCCUGCAUCUGGGGGGGGUGAGAAGCUCGUGUUGCCGGUCUUGCCUCAGACGUGCCAAAAGGUAUCCCGCCGGGCAUGAUCUGGAGCCUAAGGCAUGAGGGAGCGGAUGGGCGAAUUGACUCUGGGUGGGAAAACCAAAAGGAUUUGAUUGAUUGAUUGAUUGGUUGGUUGAGUUUACUUAUAUGCCACUUUUCCCCCACAAAGAGCUGCGCAAACAUUCCAAAAAAUUUGCCAAAUAUAGAGCAUGCCAGUUAUUCAGAAAGGACAACAGAAUAAAUCCGGUGUUACAAAAUAACCGCAAGUGAGGCUUAAAGAGAAAGUGAAAUGAGUUAACUGACAGUGAAGUUUCCGGUACAGUACUGGUCUUCCUGUCCUCAAGGAGCCUGGCUUAAAAUGCAGUUUACAGGAAAAAGGGUCCUCUCUUCAGGCUAGGUGACAUACAACUGGCCCCCAUAUCCUUACUCCAGAGGAGGCUGGCAGCAGCAAAAGGCCGAUGCUGGGAAGGGCCAUGACGGUCAAUCGUUCCCCCAGCCUCCUGGAAGUACCAAGAGCUGGUGCAAAGUUGGCUUCAUGCUGCACCAGCCCUGUGUGACAUGGUUUUUAUCACGGAUGUGGAAUCUAAUCCUCCCAGAUGUUGUUGAAUUCCAACCACUUUUGGUCACAGCCAGCGUGCUGAGGGGUGGUAGGAGUUCAUAGCAUCACAGAAUUGUAGAGCUGGAAGGGACCCCAAGGGUCAUUUAGUCCAACUCCCUGCAAUGCAGGAAUCGCAGCUAAAUCUAACCAGACAGAUGGCUACCCAACCUCUGCUUAAAAACCUCCCAGGACGGAGAGUCCACCACCUCCCUAGGGAGUCCAUUCCACUGUUGAAACAGGUCUUACUAUCACAAAGUUCUUCCCGAUGUUUAGUCAGAAUCUCCUUUCUUGUAAGUUGAAGCGAUUGGUCCAGGUCCUAGCUUCUGGAGCACUAUCCUCUGUGUUGCAGCCAUUUAGGUAUUUGAAGAUGGCUGAAAACCUCCUCUGAAUCUCCUCUUUACCAGGCUAAACAUACCCAAUUCCCUUAAACAUUCCUAAUCAGGCUUGGAUUCCAUAUCAUCUUGGUUGCCCUUCUUUGCACACGUUCCAGCUUGUCAACCUCCUUCUUAAAUUGUGCCCAGAACUGGACACAGUCAGUGUUAGAAACUUAAUAUAAGCUAGGAGCCAAAUGGCACCUUAAACCUAGGUUACGGUCACCACAGUGGAAUGUAUGUUUGCCCAGGGGUUGGACAAGAUGACUCUCAGAUCCCUUCCAAUGCUACAAUUCUAUAAUUCUAUUAUCUCAACUAUAUGUAGCUUGCUCUUAUUCAUUUGCCCAGUAUGCAAGGAGACACACAGUGGAAAUGGAAAUAGUAUUAACAAUGGAGUAAGGUUUUUAAACUGUAGUUCGUGAGCUCCAUUUAGGUGGCCUGUGAAAAGUCUGCAACACAGUCAAAUAUAUCUGUAUUCAGCCUUGCACUUAGUUUAUUUGAUGUAAUGAUGGAGGACUGUGUUCGAAUCAGCUGGCUGGAUGGAGAUGUCAGUUACCAAAAUGGUGCCCAGAAAUCUCAAUGUGGUUGCAAUUGGACCUGCACCAGUAGCAAAACACACAUGGAGAAAUUUACCGUAUUUUGCGCUCCAUAGGACGCUCCGGCCCAUAGGACGCACCUAGUUUUUUGGGGGGGAAAUAAAGAAAAAAAAUUUAUUUCCCCCCCAGGUGCGGGGCUGGAAGAACUAGCUCGGGGGACAGCGGGAAGGUGCGCUCUGCCUCCCGCUGUCCCCCGAGCUUGUGGGGCUGGCGAUGGGGAGAAGUGCGCUGAUCCUGGGACUGCAGGCAGCUCUGCGCGGCCAUCCGGAGCGGGGUGGGAUUCGCGCCCGGCUCCCGGUGGCCGCGCAGAGCUGCGCUGAUCCCGGGACUGCAGGCAGCUCUGCGCGGCCAUCCGGAGCGGGGUGGGACUUCGCGCCCGCUCCAGGUGGCCGCGCAGAGCUGCGCUGAUCCCGGGACUGCAGGCAGCUCUGCGCGGCCAUCGGGAGCGGGGCGGGACUCGCGCCCAGCUCCCGGUGGCCGCGCAGAGCUGCGCUGAGCCGGGGAUGGCAGGCAGCUCUGCGCGGCCAUCCGGAGCGGGGCGGGACUUCGCGCCCGGCUCCCGGUGGCCGCGCAGAGCUGCGCUGAGCCGGGACGGCAGGCAGCUCUGCGCGGCCAUCCGGAGCGGGGCGGGACUCCGCCAUCCGGAGCGGGGCGGUCUCCCGAAGGUUGCGCAGAGCUUCCUGAAGCCUGGAGAGCGAGAGGGGUGCGUGCGCCCCGGCCCCUCACGCUCUCCAGGCUUCAGCGAAAGCCUGCAUUCGCCCCAUAGGACGCACACACAUUUCCCCUUCAUUUUUGGAGGGGAAAAAGUGCGUCCUAUAGGGCGAAAAAUACGGUAGAUAUCGGAAACAGCACUUCAGCUGUGGUCUAACCAAGGCAGAAUAGAGCAGUGCUAUUACUUCCCUUGAUCUGGACACUAUACUACUUUUGAUGUAUCACAACAUUGACUCAUGUUAAGCUUGUGGUCCAACAACAUCGGAAAAGCCACAAGUUCCACAUUUAACUGUACUAUAUAUUGACAUUAUUGGUGUGGAAUCCAACUAGGUGGAAGUGAUUUUAGCACUGAUUUGGCCACCAGGAACAACACUUAAGUGUUGUGGCUAUUUUCAUACAUCAAAUAAUUGUGCGUAAUAAUACCUACAUAAAGUUGGCCAUUGUACUUUGUCCACAGCUGCAAUUACAAUAAGUACUGGAGAGUAAAACAAUUCAUAUGUAGGCUUAGAAUGGGUUUCUGAUUUGUGUCAAUGAUUGUGUGCAUUGAGCUAUGCAAAGUGAAGACAAUUCUUCCAGGUUAAUCUGGAAUGAAAAGGUGUGAUUAUGUGUGUGCACUCUUACAUUAAAUGGGAUUUAUCAACUCUUUGCCAUCAAGUGCAUUUUUAAAAUAUGUUAUUAAAGAGCUUCCUUGUACAUCUACAGGUUAUAACAUAAUACCUGUUUUUUUUCUUAACCUUUUUGGCAAAUUCAACCAGUCACAUGGUCCAUUAGUCAGCCAAAAUGAACAAAACGUUUUUUAUUUUUGUUGCCUUGGCUAUCUUUGUGCCUUGAUUAUCUUUCUAGCAGUCAGGGCAUUUUGGAUAAGUGGAUUUCAUUUUUGCAUGAUAGAUUUAGGUAUAUAAUGCAGACAACAUUAUAUUGGUGAAAAACAGGUUCAUCAGUGUCCUGUGUAUUUGUAUUUGAAAGUUGUUCCCAUGUUCAGUAUAGCAUAUUCCUGGACAAAUUCAUAGGAUUGCAGCCUUGCGGCCCAUUCUGAUCAUGAGUUUUAUCUACAUGUAAACGUCAACAUAAAUUUGUGAACUGGAGGUUUACAAACACUGAGUUUUUAAACUCAGUUUGUAAACUCAGUUGGAAUGGUAAGCCUAAAUGUUGUGACGUGUACCAAGGCAGAAUGGGUGGGCCUCAUUGAGGGCAACUUUCUGAAGUUACAUGUUGCCUGAGGAAUAUGAAGUGACUUGCACUUUUUGUUCUCCACAUAAAGCAACACCAGAAGUUGCUCUUAAGACUGUGAACUUUAUAUCACUUAGAACUGGUAAUGAAAAGAAAACUUCAUCAAUUAAUCAUAAUUUUUAAUUAAAAGAGGUAUUCACCAAUCAUAUGGUGUUUUAUUAAAUCAGUUAAAUCUGCAUAUGUUCUUCAUUUGAACAAACAAAAGUUCGAGAAUGGGAAGGGAAGGUUACUUAGUAACCUUAGUUGAUAAAUUAGUCUAUUUGUGUCCUGUCUGGUUCCAUCUUAGGAGAAGCAUUCCUUCUUAUGUGAGAGAUGCCUCUUCUAAAGUGGUGCCUACCAUGCGCCGUUUUUAUUAAGGACUUGAGUGAAAAAUAAUUUAAAAAUUCACCACUGACUUGCCUUUUUAAUCAGAGUACAUGUUGAAAUCAAUUAAAAGUCUUUUAAUUCAUCAAAACAAUUAAGCGUUGGCAGCUGUAGCCUUGUGCUUGCUUACCUGGGAGUAAAGCCAUUUGAAUUCAGUAGUUGAAUUCUAAAUUAGUAUGCAUAAGAUUGCAAUUUAAAUGAUGCAGCGUACUAUUGCUUCCUUUAUUGUUGAAGUCUGCAGGGCCAUGGGGGUAGGAGAGGGUCUCUAACAAAACUAAUGAUCCUUGCAUAAAAAUAGUGGGGCCAGUGUUGUGCUAGUAUGCUAACCUCAUGCUGCCAUGGAAUGUGCUGUACUGUCUGGGGCUCAUCAACUGUUGAAGGGGCAGUCGUUUUCCUCCCACAAAAGAUCCAAGGGUGGUAGUAGAUUGGAUUUGUAGAACAAAAUCAUGUGAAGCAUGUUCUCUGAUCUCAGUCCUCUACCAUGCAAGGAUCAUUUGUGGACAGUGAAGGGAGCUGCUGCUUUACCACUGAAAGAAAAAAGUAGGAAUUGGGCUUGGAUACACUUUUUUCUGCAUCCACUAUUGCUUCCACUGUAAAUUUGCAUGGAUCAAUAUUAUUAUUAUUAUAUCCCUUUAGGGCUCACAAUUUUGAAUGACACCGGGUGUAAUCAGUGUUGUGGAUGCAAAGUUCAGUUCACACAGCAAAUCUUCCCUCUCCUCUUGGGGCACCUCAAAAUCUUUUCUGCAGGGUUCUGCUACUCUUUGGAGGAAAUUAUGAGGGUCAUGGUACCCUGCAGACAACAGUUAUGCUACCAGCUUGUUGCUGUAGUCGUUGUUCACAAUGUCCAUGGUGCUUCUCGGUUUACAUUUAUUAUUUACCCUCACAACAACCCUAUGAGGGAAGUUAGGAGGAGAUAAAUAUUAGUUUCAAAUUUACCACCUAGUUUUAUUAUGGUCAAAUGAGCCUCCCAUGACAUGGGAAUACAGUGGUACCUCGCAAGAUGAAUGCCUCGCAAGACGAAAAACUCGCAAGACAAAAGAGUUUUUCGUUUUUUGAGUUGCUUCGCAAGACGAAUUUCCCUAUGGGCUUGCUUUGCAAGACGAAAACGUCUUGCAAGUUUGUUUCCUUUUUCUUAAAACCGUUAAUACCCAGGAAACCGUGCUUCGCAAGACGAAAAAUUCGCAAGACGAAAAACCUCGCAGAACGAAUUAAUUUCGUCUGCAUUUGCCCUGCAUUAGAUUUCCUCCCCUGCCCCCCAAUAACAUAGCCAAAGGCUAUUUUGAUUCGAGGCUGAACAGGUUAACAAGGCCCUGGCCUAGGUCCCAUGAUUUUCAUUAUAUAUGAGACACUCCUUUGUCACUUAAGACAGAUGGAUGCCAACAUCAACAGGAACUGGUUUUGCUGUUGCUGGUGAUGAAGGAGGGAAAGUUUAUUAAGUAGUCCAUCAAGGCCACUAGUCAUUUUAAGUUAUCUUUGCAAAAAAGAAAAAGUUUACAAACUGCUGCUUGAGAGGAAUUUUGUGUGUGAGAGGGGAGCUGGGGAGCAGAGAAAAUAAAUAAGUCGGGAGCCACUACGUCUUCAAACAGAUAGAUUUAGCAUUUGGAUUUACCGUGAGCAGCAGAAUCUAUAUUGUUGUUUUGUCUCCUGAUAUGAGGGGAAAUGAUAAGUACUACCAGACUCAGACUCUGUAAGAGGUUAGUUUCACUUGUCUACAUGUUUCAUUCAGGAGCAGGUCUGAAAUCGAAAGUGUUUGGAGUGACCUACACUUGACCAGUGCACCAAGUUAUAACAUCAGUAGCUUGUUUUUGCAUGUAUAAAUUGGCCUUCCAGAUGUUGAACAUAUGUAGUAUAUAUUUGCCACCUUGUGGAGCAGAAGAACCCAGAGAUCAUUUGGACAAAGUUGGUAUUAAGUCUAGGCAAGGCUGACCUUCAUUUCUGCAGCCAUUUAGGGGCACUGUCCUGUCUCUCAUGUUGCAUUUCUUUCACUCCAGUUCUUGCGUGUGACAAAGCACUACCUACCUCAUCUGGCUCACCUCUGCCUGAUUAGCACCUUCUUGGAGGAUGGCAUCAGGAUGUGGUUCCAGUGGAAUGAGCAACGAGACUACAUCAACAUGUCAUGGGGAAGCGGUGCACUCUUAGCCACACUUUUUGUAUUAAUCAACAUGUGUGGGCAGCUAGGUAAGGGCUUCUUCCUUUGGUGACUGGGUGGAGAAUGACUGGCACAGAUCUGGUACCCUCCAUAGGUCUUGCUGCCAAAGGUGGGACACAAGUACAUGUUUGCAUUCUUUGUAGAACUUUCAGGGAGUGAUUUGUCUUGAGGGCCAAAUUUAGAAUGCAGACUAGGGACUAGGUUUCAUGUUUACAUCAAACAGCAUUAGUUUUCAUGAAAUUUGUGAAAGCCCUGAUCUUUGAAACUAAACGCACUAAGAUUGUAUAGUAACCUCAAAUGUUUACAGCUCCAGAAUAAAUAAAAAAACAAAACCUAACAGUUUAAACUGAAAAGGCUGGGCAAAUAAAAAGAUCCAACCAGUGCCAGAGACGCAUCCUUGUGGAAAGUAUUCCAACCCAGGCACCACAGCAGAGUAGCAUUCUCCAUCUGCCUCACUUCAGAAGACAGGAAUUCAGGAAUUGUCCUCCAAAGAAGAUCUUAAUAUUUGGGCAUGCUCAUGCAGAAUAAGGUGGUUCAUGGCUUCUUUACUUACGUGAACACUAAAUAACUGUAAUCUUAAAACACAGAGCAGCCAACCACUAUAAUAGUAACUUGGAAAAUUAACAGUUUAUAAACGCCUGAGAAAAUUACCAGGUCUUAACCUGAAACCAGAAUGAGACUGACAUUGGCACCAGACGGACCAAAGAGGGAAGCGUAUUGCACAAUCCGGGUUCCCCCAUUCUUCAUUUAAAGCUGCUUCAGGACAAGUGUAGGAAAUGGGCAUGUGGAAAACACUUUCUGUAUUUUGUUUCCUUGUUGCAAUUCUUCUGUUGUCCCUGAAGCACCUUCUCUCUUGUUCUUUUAGCUGGGUGUGUGCUUGUUCUCGCCAGAAAGUUUGUCCCUUACGCAUGCUUUGGCCUGUUUGGAAUCGUUUUCAUGCAGGUGAGUUGAAAGUGUAAGGAACAAGAUCUAGAUCCCAGAGUGAAAAGAUAUGCUUGGAUCCAGUCAAGCUGCUUUAGGGUAGGAGGAUCAUGUUUUCAUUUAUUUACAGUUAUUUACAUGCUUCUGUUCCUUCCUAAAGUUCAGAUCAACAAACAACAAACACUAUAAAAUAUAAACAGAAUAGAAAGCAGUAAAAUUCACAGCAGUCUAAAUAAGCAGGAGGUUUGAUUAAACAGAAAAGUUGUAUCUGCCCUCCAAAACAGAAGUAGUGAUGGAGCCAUAUAGGAAUAAAAUGUUAAGGUUUAAGGUAUACUGAAAUUACCGUAUUUUUUGCACCAUAACACUCACUUUUUUCCUCCUAAAAAGUAAGGGGAAAUGUCUGUGCGUGUUAUGGAGGGAAUGCCUACAGGUGGCAUGCCUACGGAUUUUCCUCCUCUAAAAACUAUGUGCGUGUUAUGGUCGGAUAUGUGUUAUAGAGCGAAAAAUACGGUAUAUGAAGUUCUGUAUUUAUUGCCGAAUAUCAAUUGUAAAAGACUUCGAAUGGUAGCAAUUCAAUGCUUAUUGCCAAUAAGCUUCAAUAAAACAAUGUUCAUUAACUAUAAAAACGAUGCUUAUUAACUAUAUUUUUAGUCUUAAAUUAUCAAACAUGUUUUGACCCAAUAUUCUUCCUCGAUGGCUUCUCUUUGCAAAACAUUUUUUUCAUCUUUAAGGCAAAAUACAGAAUUCCAUGAGUUCAGUGCAGCAUUUGGCAAGUCUUGAGCUCGUGAGCAAGUUGUUCAAAAGUAUUAUUCUACUUUCUGGUUGUUUUCAGCAAAGUAGGUGUGCCAAGUCUAGGAGAUUGAUUGUGAUACGUACUUUCCUGGAGUAUAGUCUACUUCAUUAGAUGCCUAAAGUGUUAUCCUACUUGAUAUAAUAUGCAAAAAGAAAAAAAUAAAUAUAAACAAAAGGACAGCAGUAAUUGUCCAGUAUUUCUUUGCAAAGUUCAGUUGCAUAGAAUAGGGGUAGCUGACCUGCAGCACUUCGAAUGUUGAUGGACUUCAAACUCCCAUUAGCCACAGCCAACUUUUCCAGUAGUCUGGGUGAUAGGGGUUGUUGUCCAGCAACAUUUGGAGAGUCACAGGUUAGUCUCCCCUAGUUUACAAGAUAAGAAGAGACUGAUCUAGUCACAACAGCAACCAUAGACUAGAAAGAUAGUAUUAAUUGUCAUUGUGAAUGGACUACUCUCUUCUUAGCUUGUACACAUUUGAGCUAUGCCUGGAACAGGGAAAUGUCUUCUGCUAUUUCUUGAAUUCAAUUAUUCCCUGGCCUCAGUGUUUGCAAACCUCUUAUCUCUGUACCUGUGUGUGUACACAUCUGGUGCAGGACUCUUCAUACUUCUGAUAAAAUGAGCAAUAGGCCACAAAAGCUUCUGCGCCAAUAAAUCCCAGUCUUUAAGGUGGCUGAAGACUCUUCGUUGUUUCAGCAGACAAACACUCAGCUACCACUCUCAUUGUACAUUAGUGAUAAUUUAUUGUACUACACUAAGAACAUAAGAAGAGCCCUGCUGGAUCAGGGCAAGGGUCCAUCUGGUCCAGCAUCUUGUUCUCACAGUGCAGAAGCAGAACCUGAGCAUAGCAGCACUCUGCCCACCUGUGAUUCCCAGCAUCCAGUAUUCAGAGGCACACGGACUGACAGUGGAGGCAGAACAUGGACAUUGUGGCUAGUCGCCAGUGAUAGCCUUAUACUCCAUGAAUUUGUUCAGUCCUCUUUUAAAGCACUCCAAAUUGAUGGCCAUCCCUACCUUGGGUGGGGUGGGGGGUUAGUUUAACUGCACUGUGUGAAGAAACAACUUCUUUUGUCUGUCCUAAAUCUUCCAACAUUCAGUUUCAUUGGAUUUCCCCAAUAUGUGAAAUUUAGAAUUAUUUUGUUUGCCCCAACGUGCAUCAUUUUUCACUUGCUUACAUUAAAUUGCAUUCCUCAUUUUAAUGCCUAUUUGCACUCUAUUGAGAAUCUUCCUGAAAACUAAGUGUACAUUAGUCUCACACACCAGCUCCCAAUGAAAGGCAGCUCCUACCCGCAAAGCUGUUUUCUAGGAACUCUCAACAACUGUUCAUGGCUGCUGCCAAGGAAAUCAUUCCUAUCCUAGGAAAUCUGGAGAUUAUGUAGAGCCCUUGAGCUAAACUAAUGAUGGUGUCCUCAUCACUACCUACUGCUUUCUUGUUUUUCAGACAAUUGCCUACAGUAUUUUAUGGGACCUCAAGUUCUUGAUGAGGUGAGUUAAAACCAGAAGGCAUGUUGUGUUGUAACUCCACAGAGGAUUUAUGAUGGGGUAUUUUGAUGUUCUUCAUCUUUUGUAUGGGAAAUGUUUCUCUCAUUCUCUCACACCCAGAUACCUUCAUGUACGCUUAUAUAAGUUAGAGAGGGUUGACUUGUGUGCCUAAGAAGAGGCUGGUUGCUAGUUUGAUGGUGGAAACAAGUUGCUUAUAAAGGGGGAAAGGAAGCUGUAUUGCACAUAAUCCCACCUCUAAGAUUACCGGCCAGUGAUGCUAUGCUCAGCAACAUAGUGCAACUUGAUAAUGUCAUGGUGACCACCCGCAUUAUAGGCAGUCUCAUGAGCAUACAACUGUGCUCUGACUCAAGCUCCUUUCACUCAGAACGCUCACAGUGUUGUCACCAGUCCCUGUAGAUUGAAAAAGUGACCAUAGUAAUUCUUGUAUAAAGACAAAAAGCUUACAGGGUCUGCAAGUGGCCUCCUCUAGCUGCCCCUCCUUAAGUGCUUGGCAGGCUGGAAGAGGUUUCUCUUCAUAAAAAAAAAAUCCAAAGGGAGGUCCUUGUUCCUUAUUGCGUAAAGAUGCUGUCUUGAUUGUGCCAAAAGCCAAGCAGGGUUUUUUUUUAUAAACCUCUGUUUCGCACUCUCAGAUAGUUGCUUCCACUAGUCCAAAUGGUAACUUAUUUAUAAUAAUUAAUACACACAAUUCUCAUUUUCUAGGCAUUUGGAGGUGCCCCAGCUUCUCUGAUAAAGCCAAAACAGUAAUUUAUAAAAACAAAACAUAACUGUUUAGGCUCACAAAAGCUUCAACUCGACGCAGAUUAGUUCAAUAGAUAGUAAAUACACUUCUUCUUAGGAAACGGGGUUCUGAGAAUCCAAAAUCUAAAAUAAAAUAUCUUUAUAAACAUUUCUGUACCCCUAUGAGGAUAGGGUUCACACUUGCCCUAUUUUCAGGGGUUCUUGGAAUGAAAGGUCCAUUUCCAAUUAUAUUCAUGACCUAGGGGGGCAGACACUGAGUCUUUGCUUACUGUCUCCAAGCACAUGUCGGGAGACAAAACAACAGGCUCUCUAAUCUCUUGGGGAAAAUUAGAGUCUUACGAUAGAGGAAAACUGCCAGCCUUGGGGAAAGGAUGACUCAGCCCUUUGGGCUGUGGACUAUUCAAUAUUUUACAAGUCCUAGAGUGGGGCUUCUCAAUGUUAUAAGCCAGGUGGCACAUCUAGAAAUAUAAAACUUACAGGCACCAAAAAUACCCAUCUCCAAAAAGAAAACUUAGUAAAGCUCAGAAUGCUCCCCCCAAAGGCAAAACGUGUAACCCCAAACAAAUAAAACACAGAAGAAGCAGGAUCCCUCUCCCCAUAAAGAACCCAGCAGCCUCUUUCCAACCAUAAAAGCCGAAGGCAAGGCAGGACCCACGUCCUGGCAAGAGUUAAGAGGCAAGGCUUUAAAAAUUAAACUGGAGGAGGAGCCCAGUAUGGAGAGCUUUCUCAUUGUCUUUGCUAAAUCACAGGAGUGGUUGCAGGAAGAAUAUCCAAUCCUCACCUCCUUGGGUUAUCUGGCCAGGGUUAUCUUAGAACACUGAGUGAAUGGGCAGCCAUCUACCAGAAAGAUAUUGUAAUCUAGGUUAAAGAAAAACACCUGUAUCAAGUAAGGUAAAUUAUGUUUGCUGACUCUCAGAAGGAGGUUUUAAGUGGUAGUAAUUAAGUCAAGCAGGCCAGAGUUGCCAUAGGUGUCAUUUAGAGGUGUGGAAAAAGAGCACCAGGUGCAUCCCAGCAGUUAGGAAGGCAAAAAUUGUGGGGUUAGGGAAGCAGCAGAAUCAUGAGAAGGUCCAGGUGAUGAGUGCUACUGUGUUACAGAAUAUGCCGUUUGAUACCUCCAUUGCAGACCCCAGUUCCAAAUUGUCUGAACCCCUUAUGUUUUUUCUCCCUCAUAGGAAUUUGGCUCUCGGAGGUGGGCUGCUCCUGCUACUUGCAGAAUCUCGUUCUGAGGGGAAGUCCAUGUUUGCUGGAGUCCCUACCAUGGACGAUAUCUCACCACGGCAGUACAUGCAGCUUGGUGGGCGCUUGCUCCUGGUUCUCAUGUUCAUGACACUCCUGCACUUCGAACUUGGCGCCUUCACUGUGAGUGGCAUCCACUAUUACAAGACUUGGUUGGGUUUUCUCCAUCUGCAAAAUUGGCUGGUGUUCUAUGGAAAUAAGCACAAACUCAGUUGGGCAAUUGUGUGCUACCUUACCACUAGAUAGUAAAUAGACUAGGCCCUUUAAGACAUUAUUCUGAUUAAUAAAGGAAACUACUCAGUUUGGCUUUUGCUGCAGCCUUGUCACUUACCCAGGGAUGGAGAAUCUUCUAGAUUUGACUUCUCUCCUACUCUGGGGUCUUUUUCAAACACCACUGGGCUGAAUAGGCCAGCAAAUGUUCAGAGAGUGCUGUUGCAUCACCUUACAUAACACCUUGCCUGUUCUUAGCAAUCACAGAGCUAGAACAAAUUAAGUCAAAUUAGAAAAUACGUACACAUUUUCAUAAUGUAUUGGGGAGGUCACAACAUUUGUUUUACUUGGGUGCAUGCCUGAUCUCUGUUGUUGAUAACAAGUUGGGGACACCAACCAUUGAAGCAAAGAAUGCAUUAAAUUGAAGCAUGGUUUUUGUCUUCCUCCCUAGAUUUUCCAGGACAUCUUUGGCAUGGCGCUUAUCAUUUUGGUAGCCAUUGGCUUCAAGACCAAGCUUGCUGCUCUUACCCUAGUCAUCUGGCUUUUCAUCAUCAACCUGAUCCAGAAUGCCUUCUGGAGCGUCCCCACUUACAGGCCUCUCCACGAUUUCCUCAAAUAUGACUUUUUCCAGACCAUGUCUGUCAUAGGUGGUCUGCUGCUUGUUGUGGCGUUGGGACCUGGGGGGGUUUCCAUGGAUGAACACAAGAAAAAGUGGUAAAGAUGGACUCUAAACAGAGCUCAGUGUGUGGGCGGGAGAGGGAGGGAGGGAAGGGGACAAAGUACAGCUUUUACAAACCUGUGUAGAAUUUUCUUCUCCCUUGAUUGAUUCUCUUGCGGUUUAUCAUAGUUCACGGUUGCCUUAUCAGGGUAGAAAAGCCUUUGCCUUCUAUCCUGUUUGAGACAUGUAAAUUAAAGUCAAAUUAUAUAUAUGUAUGUAUGUAUAUUGAUUUACUGAACUUUUAUACUUAUCCUUUGACACCCCGUGGUUUUCUGGGGCACUGUGACGUAUUGCCUUGUGAGAGGCCAGGAUUAAAAAGUGGUUUUCUGGUAGAGUAUGCAGGGGCAUUCUAGAUCCUUUGGCAUUGCCCAUUCCCUCAGGAGGAGGCAGGGCCAGCUUGUAUUUUCGCUGCUGUGCUGUGCUAAUGAGGUAGUCCCAUCGCCAAAUUCACUCUGCCUAAUGUCUAAAAAUCAAAGCCUAUGCUGGGUUUCUAAGGUCCACAAGUGUUUGUGAUUAUAAAGUAUUUCCGCCUCUUUUCUCCUCUAACCUCUUGACACACACACCCUGGCCCGGACACCUUUUAGUAGGACUCAGGGUGUGCACAUGGUGCAGUUUUUGCCUCUCUCUACCAAGCAUUCUUCCCUUAGAGCUGGGACUUACUGGAACAGAGGAAGCCUGAAUUGCCCUGGAAGUAACACAGUGGCAGAACUUCCCAACACCUAGACAUGAGCCUGAAUGUUGGAAGAAUCUGGAAGGCAAAGACUGCUCUAAGGUAGGUGUGGGGAACAUUUGGCCCCUCCACACGUUGCUGAACUACACCUCCCAGUAUCCAUGGCUACUUGUCAUGUUAGCUGAGGCUGCUGGGAGGUAUAGUUCAGCAGCGUCGGAAGGGCCAUAGGUUCCCUACACCUUCUCUGAGGACCAUGAGUGCCUUUCAGGAUGUUCUUCAAGACCAAGUGUCCAACUUAAGGAAGGAAUAGGAGAAGCAAUGGAUUUAAACCAAGGUGAGGAACCUGUUUGGGACUGAGGCAUUAACCCAGUCGAAAUCCCUCAAGGGCUGCAUUCUGGUAGUGGGCAAGUCCAGAACUAUACACACUCAAUAAAAGUUAUUUCUCAUGAGAAAAGAGACAUGUAUUUAAGUCUCAGUAACUCCACUCAAGGUUCACUUCCCAUUUCCUAGAUUUUUUUUGGGACAAAGUAUGUAUUUUAAAAAAGGUCCUGCAAGUGUGAAAGGCAAAAAGAACUUGAUAAUCACAGCGGAAGAAUGCAACUGUCAGUACACACUGAAUGAAAAGCUGCCUUUUCAGCCUCAAAUGCAAAAUGCAUAGACACAUGAUUACAAGAAAAGAAGUUGGAGCUUUGCUAAUGCAUUUUCCUCUGCUUUGAAGAGGGAGGAAAAUGCAAAAGCCUUUGUAUUAUAAGUGUUUGAUCUUCAUGUGACUGAAGUUUUUCUUACUUCCUGCAGCAGAUCUGCUUGUGGAAGAAGGAGCUAUUGCACUCGAUAUCUGUUGGUGCAUUUUAAUAUUGAAAUAAACUGAUUAGUCAAGUCUCUUCUCAACAUUUUGUUAAUAUUCUCCAGUAGGUGUUCCCUGCUAACCAUUGCCAGGGUUUAUAUUUUCUCCUAAUUGUUGUCGUACGCAGUAGCACCAUCAAUAUGCAUAGUUCUUUACCCAGUGACAUAAAGAAAAACACAAAUAAGCCUUGAGGAAAGCUGACUAUGUUAACUGCCUCAGAUAAAAUCAUUUUAUUGUUAACUUGUUAAACAAUAAUACUGCUGGUCUACUGCAAACCACCUUGAGAUCUACUAGAAGAUCCCUGUCUUACCUUUUUGUCUGCUCCUGCCUCUGCAGUCCUAUCAUUUCCUUAAUUAGAGAGCUGUGGGACUUUGCAUUGGCUUUGAAGGGCAUUUCCUCUUUAUUUCCUUUGGACUGCUGUAAAAGUAGCUGCUCUGACAACUUCCUCUGAAGUUCGGUAAUUACAGUACCUCAGAUGAACUCUUUAUAUUUUUUUGUCUCAGUGGAAUAGGCAGCAAUUCCUGCAUGAUGGGAGUGUUUGCUGAGAGAUUGAGGUACUAAGUUCAACCAGAAAGCACUGGAGAGAGCAUUUCUUGAGAUGCAAGGAAGCCUGGUGGGCUGUCACUUGAACUUGCCUCUCAGUCAACACUGAUGACACCCCUUUGGACGCCUGACUCUUCCUGUACCACCACCUUCAGACCCAACAUGCUUGGAUCUUCAGCCUUUCCUCUCGUUCCUCUUGAGUGGGCUGGCCUGCUCCCAGCGCCAACAGUUUUCUUUUCUUGGACUUAUGACACAAGCUUUCCCACAUACUCUUUGCUGCUUGCAAAAUCUGAAACCAGCCCUGAAGAUCUGCCAACGCAAAUCAUGCUCUUCAGGGGCAAAGGUUUAAAUAGGCAGCUACUACUGAUCUUCAGUUACUGCUGCUACAAUAAAGGACAGCAGCACCCAUCAAGUUGUUAGCAGGUUGGGGACAGCUGAAACGGAUGUAACCUGGACUUUUAUUAACUUGCCUCCCUCUCCCUAACUACCACCUCUGACUUGUCCACUUCAUGCACUGCCCACAUGACAGCUUGUGCUGUAAUAAACCAGUUAGUCUCU